GUCCAUCCCGACGUCGUGCCCCAAAUGGACACCUGUGACCUCCGUCAUGCGGGCGAGGAGGCAGGAGAACUCGUGGGGAGCUUCUCGCCUGUGGUAAUGAGACGAAUGUUCGAAGAUGGACAGGUACCGGGGGAGGAUGUGCGUGCUGGCGCACCUACGGACCGCACCGCCAGCGACGAGGACGGCCAUGUCGAUGAUGAAACAUUCGACUGUUGUCCCGCCGAAGUCUGCCUUUCGGCCGUGGCAUCGGCAGUACUGCAGGAUCAUUUGGGGAAGCUCGAAAGGUCGGCGGAUGACAUCAUGGAGCAGAUGCUGGCGAGUGUGAUGAACCACCUCGAUCAGACGUGCGAUUGGAUGCUGCCAAUGUGGGAAAAGGUCAAGACACUGCAACCUACACGUGAGCUGAUUGUCUGCUCGUGGGGCUCUCUUCUGAAUCUCCUGGAAAACGAGAAAAAAAACAAGCCUUCGACGAGGACAGCGACGGCGUUCACCUUGAAACGCUUCGACACAUGGGAAAAGCGCCUGCGUGCUUGGAUCGAGCAUGACGCUAUUCAAGAAGUGGCGCACACGGAGAAGGGGGAUGCAGCCCGGAGAACGUUGAGUUGCAUUUGCAACACAAUCGAUGAGGGGGGAGACUGGGUUCUUUCCCGGGUUUCCAUGUAGUGCAUGUAGCAUGUCUAGGUGGGCAUAGGCUGAUAUCAGAGACGUACGUCCACAUACCUUUUUUUGUGUAGAGCGCAUUACGGCAUUGCGAUUUUGGUCCGUGCUUGGUGGACUGGCCGUGUACUAGCUUUUGGUUAGUCGGUUGGGCGGGUGAAGGUGGUGUAUUCGGGUGACGCAUAUCCAGUGUUGUCCCUUCGAGGUGGACGUUGCACGGGGCAUGUGUGCCCCCCGUAGACAUAACCCGUAUGAACCUUAAUGAUGUUCGUGUUGUCAUACAGACGAUUCUGUGGGUGAGUCGUUUUCGUAUUCGUGUAAUUUUGCCUUCACACCUCAUGCUAAUCCUCCCAGCAAUGAGAGUGCAUGCGCAUAAAAAUGGGGCUACUCAAGGAUUUGGCCGAUUCUGAUGCGAGGGCACGUAGACAGGACGAGGAAGGAGUGUGUUGGAUAAACCGGGUAGGCCGAAGCUUGUAGGUUUGUGGAGAAAGGCAGCUCGGCCAGUGAGGGCCGAGAUGGGAAAGUCUUGUAUUAGAGGGAAGAGGGAAGGGCAGAGACCACUCCAGGUCGAGCAGCCGAAGAGGAGUGCGUCACCACACCUAUCCGUCACGCAAUUCAGAUCACUCAUCGAAUCUCCGAAGAAACCAAGCAGAAACUCCCUGUUCCUCCGCGAUCUACCAACUGCAAUCUCCGUAGAUCCAUGUCCCAUACUCAACCACAUUACUAUGCUACGAGUAUAUCUAACAGCCCCCCUGCUCGUAUGCAUCGUAAUGAUACGGCAAGGCAACAUAAAUCCACUUACGAACCAAAACGUCGUUCCUAUUCGUCCGUGACAAACAAUGAACCAAAAACUCGAUUAUGCAAAUAUUCCUGAACCAAAAACGUCUCUUAGCACACUGCAUCCUUCAACUCAGAAAACGCUUUGCUAUUGGUCCAUCUGCUCUCUCUGCAUCUCGUCGCAUUUGUAUUCGCCAUACAUUUCAUCCCUUACGUCUCAAAGGCAUUAAACAACCCAUUCAUGUUAACAUAAUUAUGGAAGAACUCUUCCAUCAUUCUUUUCCAAAACAAUGAUCAAUCCUGGAUAAUCGCCUUCGAAAUACUGCAGAUGCAUACAGUCAUCCCCAAAUCCUACAUGAAUACCAAGACAACAUGAAUUUCGCAAGGGAUAAAAUAUGCAUGUUUGAUGCUUCCGAACACACAGAAUGUACCCAGUUCGCAGAUAAAACGCGACCAGGAACGAAUGCUACUCUCACAAUUCCGAUCAAACAAUAUCCCCAAAACAUCCGGUCAACGUCAAGACAACUUCCGCAGGUGAAACGCGAAUAUUUCUUGAUUGUAACACUCCAGAAACCAAACAUCAGCUUUCCGUUCCUCCUCCUGAAAGGAUAGUGUGCCCCUCUUCUCGGGGGGAUCUGCCCCCCUGAUUUGAGAAGGGGUUGGAGUCAGAAACACAGACCAAAAUAACACAUUCAAAGUCCAUCCAGUCGAAAGCUCAAGAAAAAACAAUAUUUAUGCAAAUCCGAAAAGCUAAUACCAAAACCAAAUCAAAAUCCAUUACCAAACAGUUCCAGUCCGAAAGUCCAGACCAAAUCAAAAACCAAAAAUAAAAUCCAAUACCAAAACAAUGACAACAUCAACACAAAAUCCAAUCUAAUACCAACCAAAACAAAACAAUACUCGAAACCCCUACAUUUGCCGGCGCAUCAUCAAGCUCCAGCGCUUAAUAACCCAUUGCCCAAGCCAUUGUUUUCCCCCCCGCGGACAAUUCGCACGCCUCCGCCGCGGUCGCCUUCCGCCAUCUUUUCCGGCUGGCCGCGGCUCGAGCUUCGAUGUUUGCGUCCGCCUGACUUGGGGGAAGAACAAUUGUCGCUCCGAGAGGAUUGACUCGGCAGUGGUGCAGGGCAGGUCGCGCGUUCGGAGGGGAUGAUGGCGGCAGAUUAGUUCCGAACAAACCAGCACUACUGAGGAGAAUCACAAACAUACAAACAUUCCCCCCGGUUCUGCAAAGUAGUGACUGCAUGCAGCAGAAAAAACAAUAAAUGAAACACACGUUCAAGUCGUCGGACCCUACUUGUGGAAUGGUUUGUCUGAAAUUCAUUGCCGAUGCGAUAUCGCCACACCAUAAAUAGCUGAAUAUCAUCCUGAAACGGAGGUUGAUUAGUCCUCUGUUGCAAAAUAGUAAUCAAGCUGCUGCUACUGUUCUAACCAUAGGGUAAUCAAUCCUAAGUCAAAACCUUAACAACUUUUGGAACCGCAAUCUCACAACAAAUAGCAAUCUCAAGACAACGUACAACAAUAUUAGGAAAUCAGCAUUUAUUUCGUCAAUAUUGUGAAUUUUUAAUCUGCAACAAGGUGGAGGUACCAAUGUUGCACUUCGUUGAGACUUGACACGUCUCCGGCACUCGCUGACACAACCAAGACAUGAAAAUUUUUUGAUCAGGUUAAACCUGCUACCCAAAAAGAGUCCAGAUAAAACGUUGAUCACGCAUUUUUGAUCAGGCUAAACCUGCUGCUCAAAAAGUAGCUACCAAAGAGAGCCCAGAUAAAACGUUGAUCACGCUAUUGCCGGGGAGAGAAAGUUGGUCUCAGCACGGCUGUCAGGAUCACAAAGCAAAAACCUCGCCGAUCACUGCAUUUCAUUACGCACAAUACUAUUUCUAAUACCAUGCUACACGCACACAUCAUAUCAUCAGUUUAGAAACUGGCAUCAGUUUUUGAGGAUUACUGGUAACCUAGGUUGGGUCUACCCAUGUGCUACAGGUAGUCGGCCUUUGACCGAGCGGUGGAGUUUGACGGCAGUACCGCACGACGUAUUGUCGCGUUUUGAUUGAGUAAGCAGAAAGAGUAGGAGAGAGCGUUUGACGGCCGUGCCGGGUGGAGGUGGAGGUGGCGUUAGCGUU